AUUUAGAAGUGCAAUUGAAAUUAAAAGAACUUUAUGAACAGUUUAAUGAAACUUCACCUCAAAUACGUCCCAAGGAUCCUUAUUCUGCUUUUAAAAGUCAACCUAAAGCGAUUGCCCUUUUAGAACAAAUUAAUGCGGAAAAAAUGAAAAAAUCUUAA